GUUCAAGAUGGCGGCGCCCAAUGGCGCCCUGAGCGAUUUGGAAAGCAGCAGCAGCAGCAGCAGCGGCAGCGAUGCGGAGGAGUUGGCACGGUGCCGCGAGGCAGCGAUGCCGGCCUGGGGCUUGGAGCAGUGCCCGAGAGGGCCAGAGAAGCCAAGAGCCGAUGCUGCAAAUAAUCAGCAGCCAUCCAUCCAGCCAAGCCUCAGGCGUAAAGUGGAUGAACACGAACAGGACGGCAAUGAGCUUCAGACCACCCCCGAAUUCCGAGCCCACGUAGCCAAGAAGCUAGGAGCCCUGCUGGACAGCUCAAUUACCAUCUCAGAAGUAGUGAAGGAGCUGAGAAAGGCUGAGGUACAGAAAGUCUCCACAGAGGAUGAUGGUUUCCGUCUCUUUUUCACAUCCAUCCCUGGAGGCUCUGAGAAGAAAGAGGCUCCCCAGCCUGGUCGAAAGCGAUUACCUUCCAGCUCCAGCAGCGAGGACAGUGAGGAGGAGUGGCAGCGAUGCCGGGAGGCAGCUGUGUCGGCCUCCGACAUCCUCCAGGAAUCUGCCAUCCACAGUCCCAUCAAAGUGGGAGGAGAGGCAAAGAAGAAGAAAAAGAAGUUGAAAAAGAAGGCCAGGAAGGAGGCCAGUGCCGACCUGGUCGCUGCCACCACCACCACGUAUGGGACUACAGGUGGGAAGCAGGAACAGCAGUCCCCCAAGCUCAGUGGAGACCAGGCAUCACUUGGGACCAAAAAGAAAAGAAGGAAGAAAAAAGCCAAGAAGGCCAAUGAGGCUUCCCCAUUCUCACCAACAAAGAGUGCAAUGGCUGCUCCUGCACACUGACCCCUGCCCAUGGGCACAGGGCUCUACUAGCCCGAGGACAAAGGCACUUCCAAGCCCCACCUCCCUCUCCAAGUCCGAGAACUUGGAUGGCAAGGCCAUACUCUGCCUGUGACUGGGGCUUGCCCAAGAGUUGGGACAAAGAGGGCUGUAGGGUGAGAAGUCUAAUCAAGGCCUGCCCAUCUGUGCUCCCACUGGGGCUGGGGCAGACCUGUGGUUCCAGAACACUCCAUGGCCUUCCAGUUUUUCAAGACUGUUGAUGAUCAAGUGGUGAAGCUUCCAUCUUCCCGGUCCUGUCUGAGGAGAGCAUGUGAAGAGAGAGCUUUGCCUUCCCUCCCACCUCUUCAGCCUGGUGGGGGAGACCACCUUAAGAGAUGGAGGAAAGGGGUCAGCCCAGAAAGAGUAUUGUACUUCUCCCUCCAGGCCACAUAGAUUUGAUGUAACAUUGUCUGAAAAAGGAGAGAUUCGUCCCCCACUCCAGAUUUCCAGAAGUUUUUUCCAUUUGUGAAUGUACCAUGUACAAUCAUGUCUCUGAGCCAGCCAGAUUAUUGAAAAUAAAUUGUCGAGAGACCCCAAACUUAAAGUGAUUGGGGUGCUGCCUCCAUAUCAAUGCUGAACCUUGAUGAGACAUUUUAAGUAAACAUUACUU